AUGCCUGCACCACGCGUCCGGAAAGUUAAACGCCCAAGCGACGCAGGCGCAGGAAAGCUAGCCUAUCGUGCUCAUCUCGAAGGCCUACCGGUGUAUCUAUUGUACAAGCUUUCAGUAUUGAGAAAGCUUGUACAGUCGACUACGGUUCAAAGUCCGGAACCUGAAAGUUGGCCUCGCGUCCCACGCGAGGAUUCAAUCGAUGCGCACGUUUUCUGUCUCUUUGUUUAUUUCACUGUUUCUCCUCCUUCUGUUUCUCUCGCUAGAUAUCCUGCUCCCAUGAUACCAAUGGUUCCGCUGCAUUCCGCGUUCAUUCCGGCUCGCUCGGUCGUUGAGCCUGUUGCCUACCAAUGGUGCCCGUUACCACUUCUUGCACAUUCAAGGCUGACGCCUGGCUUUCAUUUCACCGGUACACAUGUUAGGAUUUUAGCUUUCGAACUCGGACUUCUACCAGUAACGGUCGUCGGUGGGUGGACCGGCUGCCGGGUCGAUGCUUCAUCGCCGACCGGGCCUCAAGGCGUCAUCUAG